AUGGGGGGCUUCGGGGACUUCACAGACAUCUGCCACACGGCACCGUUGCCGCUAUGUCCCUCUGUCGGUCCCAUCACAUCGAUAUCCAGCGGCGUCGGUAUCGAGACCGACUGCUUCGCCCGCAACAUCGAGCUGGCAAACACCAUCAUAUUCCAGGGCGCAUCGAGUUUCAUGCACAUCAUCGCGCUAGUCAUGACUGUCGUUAUGAUUCUACACAUCCGGGGGAAGUUCACUGCCGUCGGGCGAAAGGAGAUUCUCGCCUUCUUCUACUUCUACAUGCUCCUGACAUUCUUCUCCCUCAUCGUCGACGCCGGUGUCGUCCCUCCAGGGUCUGAUCCGUACCCCUACUUCGUCGCGGUACAGUCUGGCUUUACAUCAGCCCUCGUUACCUGCUUGCUUAUCAAUGGGUUCGUCGGUUUCCAACUCUACGAAGAUGGCACGCCGCUGUCGGUAUGGAUGCUGCGGCUGUGCUCGUUCGUCGCCUUCGUCAUCGCGUUCCUCGUCUCGCUGGGCACCUUCAAGUCCUGGGCUGGAAUGGGGCCGACCAACACUGUGGGGCUGUUUGCUGUGCUUUACCUCCUGAAUGGUGUGCAACUUGUGAUAUACAUCGCAUUGCAGGUCCUGCUGGUAGUGCGGACACUCGAAGAUCGGUGGCCAUUGGGGGACAUAGCGUUUGGCGUCUUCUUCUUCGUCGUGGGUCAAGUCAUUCUGUACGCACUGAGUGGUACAAUUUGCAACAAGACCAGCCACUACAUUGAUGGCCUGUUCUUUGCCACUAUAUGCAACUUGCUUGCCGUCAUGAUGGUUUACAAGUACUGGGAUUCCAUUACGAAAGAGGACCUCGAAUUCUCGGUCGGCACGCGGAUGAACAACUGGGAAGUCAAGGAGCUUCUACCCGAGGACGAGCGACGCGCCAGUGUCUAUGCCGAUGAUUCCUAUGGGAACUCCGCCUCAUACGACCAAUCUUACUCUGCAGGGCACCGUAUGUCGUCCCGCUACUAG